CUUCUUCUGCUUCUUGUUCUCCUGUGUGUUCGGUUCUGCCUCGUCCUCGCUUUGAUCUGUUUCCCAAAACUUCUAGCUUACUUGCUUGGCCGCUGGCCUUCGUGCCCAAGCAUCAUCACCGGACCAACAACACCGGGGUCCCAAUCGUCUAGUGGAGCUGUUCUUGGAAGACUAUCACUGGGUUGAUUCACUGCGAGUGUGGUGCAUUCUGCACAACGGUUGUGUUCAUUGUGGUGGUGUUGUUGUUAUCAGCAAAGUUUUGAGAUUAAAAGAUUGGCGAAGGCUAGCGUCAAGCAUUCGCUCGGCUUCACAAGGAUCGUCGUUUUGAUAAUGAUUGGCACGAUUGGCUAGAUGACGCUGGACUAAGAACAGAGUGAUCCAUCCGGCCGGUUGUGUACAAACAUAGUUAUGAUGAGGCAAUAGAACUCAGGACCGAAAAACUGCCCCUACUGUGUGACCAUGUUAAGUAUUUCAUGAAAAUCGAGGCCAUCAUUCAUCCUUCCAACAUGUGGAACGAUCGGGAACUUGACGAGGCGAAUGUCUACGACCACAAGCCUCACGAGAACGGCGGGUUUGGCAGGUCAUCCAUAGAUGAGCAAUCCUACAGCAUGGACCCGCCUCCCCCGCCGUCGAGUACCGGUACGCCCACCACAACUACCGGUAAUGGAGGACCUUCCUCAUUAGACUAUCACUCAGCUCCCACCAUGGACAUGCGAAUGGACCACAACAUGUUAGAUCACUAUGAGUCCAACCCCAAUGACUUCAUGAGCCUUGAUCAUGCCCAGGAAUCGUCUAUGAUGAUGAUGAUGCCCACCCACAUGACAGACCAGGGGCAUCACCACCAUCACCACCAACACCAACACGAUCUCAACAAUCACCAUCACCAAGAAGCGACACAUUUCGUGAAUCACACUCAGUUUCACCCUCAAUUUGUGCAUUCCACUCGCGAUGACGUCAAACUGCCUACAGCUAAGGCCAGAGAUAACUACCUCAAGAAAUAUGCCCGAAAGUUUGGGUUGAACGAUCGGGGGUGCUACAUUGCUUGCGUGUUGGCUUGCUUGGCAUUCUUCUUCUUAGUCAUUAUCAUCGCCAUGAUCCUCUCUUGGCCAGCGUCACCUUUGCGUCAUAGUGGACCAUUGCAUUUUUGCUCGAAACCGCCGUGUUUAGAGGCAGCAGCUGGGAUUCUGGGCAAGAAAAACGCCUCUCUGGACCCCUGCACGGACUUCUACAGCUAUGCAUGUGACGGGUGGGUUGCCCAUGAAGGGAUCCCUUCCUCGAAAUCCAGUUGGAGCACGCUCAGUGCUAUGGAAUACCAGUCGCGUAUUGAAAAAAGUAGACUAAUCACAAUGGCCAGUCAUGAACCCAGUCAGUUCAACUCCAUUGAGUGGAAGGUUCAAAACUUCUAUCAAUCAUGCAUGUCACUAAGUUUCAUCGAAAGUGAUCGCGAGAAGCCGUUGACAAAAAUCAUUAACAAUCUGGGCGGAUGGGAAGUGUUACGAUCGUUCAACAUGUAUUCCUGGGAAAGUCAUCGCGUUCUCAGAGAGCUUCACACCGAGUAUUCUGUGAAUGCUUUCUUCCGGAUUGACGUAAUUGCGGACGUGAACGACCCCAAUCGCAGCAUCAUUCAGGUGAAUCCAGAUGGCCUUGGAAUGCCGGACAAAUCGUACUACCACCGCUUGCCCGACGAUCCCGCAAUCCAGGCUUAUCAGACCUUUAUGAAGGAUAGUGCACAGCUCUUUGGUGCGUCCAGUACCGAGGCUCAUAAAUUCUCUAUUGACAUGUUCAAUUUUGAGAAAAGAAUAUCGGAGAUCACGCCCGACGGAGAUUACCUCGAGAACCCGAUGAAGAUCAACAAUCGGAUGACUGUCAAGGAUCUCCACAUCAUGGCCAUCAACGUUCCAUGGCUUGAGAUUCUCAAAGCCGCAUAUUCGGAUGCACCGCUGUCGGAAGAGACCGAGAUCAUGGUGGUUUCACCUCAAUACGCCGCCGACAUUGGUGUUAUCAUGUCGACGACGGACCGUGGCUCACUGAACAACUACCUAAUGUGGCGCUUGGUCCAAUCCUACAUGCCCUACCUCUCCAAAAGCUUUCGGGAAGUGACCAACUUGUACAGGAAGUCCCUCUCAGGGGCCCAGAAGCCCCUUGAGAGGUGGGAGUUUUGUGAAAUCACCACAGAGAGGUUCUUCUCGCAUCUAAUGAACUCUCUCUACGCGCAACAAAAGCCAUAUUUACGCGAAAGACAGACCGUGGUGAAGAAACUGUUCGAUUACAUUAAGCAUAAUGUGGCCAAGAGUGUCUCGGUGAGUGACAGUUAUGAUUAUGUGUCUCGACGGGCGGCCAUGAACAAAUUGAAGAAUAUGACCGUGCAAAUCGGUACUCCCGAGUUCCUCUUGGACCGGAAGUACCUCAAGCUAAUGUACAACCAUUUGUUGGUCCAGAAGACAGACUUCUUUCAAAACAUUCAAUACGGUGUGAUAUUCUUGCGAAAGCGAGAAGAACUAGCCCUGGUGAGUCCGGGCGAAGAAAACGGCUGGCUAGCGCAUUUGACGGCUCUCCAAGUGGGCUACUCGGCCGUAUCCAACAAGGUGAUCAUUCCAGAGGUUCUGCUCCAACCUCCCCUCUUUCACCCGGGCUUUCCUCACUCCGUCAACUUGGGAGGCCUCGGAGUAAAGAUGACCGAAUCUGUGAUAAAAGGCGUGACGGGCUACGGCUUGAUGUUUGACCCUCAGGGGCGACUUCAAUUCGCCCCCGAACACGCUUCCAACUUCUCCAGCAGUAUCUAUUUUCAACCCCUGACGGCGUUUGACACCUCGGCCGAAUGCUUGGUGAGCUCGUUGUCCUCGAGUGGAGUUGACACGCCCGACAUUCUCCGGAAAUGUCGACGUGAGACUGCCGUGACGGUGUCGGCACUUCAGGAGACGUUCAAAGCGCUUAACGACAUUCUGGAACUCGAAAAGGGUGCCAUCCUGCCAGCCAUGGAGACUUUUGAUCCUCAGUCAGUGUUCUUUCUGACGUUCGCCCAGAGCCUGUGCUCUCAACAGUCCAUGAAAGAACGAGACAUUGAGCGGACCGCCAGGCAUCGUCUUCUCAAUCAGGAGCUUCUCAAAGGAGCCUUGAGUCAGACCCAAGGCUUCCACACCUUCUUUGGCUGCAGUUUCAAUGACCUACAAGUUUGUCAAACUAUACUUUAAGUCGUCCCUCAAAAAAUAAACAAGCUCGUUGGGUAAUGAAAUAA